AUGUACAUUACGAGACCCGUUGGACGAUUUGGACUACAACUACUGAGAAAGCAAGUUCCCGCCUUUUCCUGCAAUGCAUCUCAAAGAUGGUUUUCUGACAAAGUUACUCCCGAACCAUCGGUAGCCACUGAAACUCCUGAGGAGGAAAUCGCCGAACCUCUUGCACAUAACAAGUUCAAGCACCCAGGAGCUAUCAUGUUUGAACACUCUAAAGAUAACGAACCAACGAACGUGAAGGAUGACGAGUGGUUUGCCAUUGUCCAAUUGUCUGGAACACAAUACAAAUUGGGAAAAGAUGAUUUACUCUUUACAAACAAAAUGAAAUACGACAUUGGUCAGCAGGUAAUUCUAAAUAAUGUUUUGCUGUUGGGAAGCAAGCACAAGACCAUCGUUGGUCAUCCGCUAAUUGAGAACGCCAAAGUUCUUUGCACGGUGGAGCAACAGAUAAAAGAGAAGAAGGUGACGGUGUUCAAGUUUCAGAAGCGAGAACGAUUCAGCAAAAAGCAAGGAUUCCGUCGCCAACUUACCGCUCUUCGUGUGGAUGAAAUCAUAUUUUAG